AAAUAUGUGCAAAAGUGUGUUGUGUCUCAGUGUCUGUUUGUUUACAUUUUCUGGCAUGGCCACGUGGUGUCUAGGUCUGCAGGACUAUUCGGGGUUUCCCGGUAAUUAUGGACAGAGAAUAAUUCCCGGAUUCCGCCCGCCUCACCCGAUCUACUUUGGCGGCCCGGGUCCUCCAGAUCCUCACUACCCAGUCCAUCAUGUUGGUCCAGCGAGGAACCUGGCAGCGAUUCCACUGCCGCUCAAGGAGUCCGACCAUGAGCUCAUGUUCAACGUGUCCUGGCUUCCUCCCUUAGGGCCGCCGGCUUUUGACUAUUCCCUGGAGGUACACAGUGAGACUGACACUGAAGACUGCAGGAUGACCAUGUGUUAUGAAUACAACAUUCCUGGGGACGCUAUGUGGUGGACAAUUCCUGCGCAUGCGAGCCCCGUCCCUGAAACUUGCGCAGUGCGACCAGGCUGCGCGUACAAAAUAAGACUGCUCGCGCAUCCGUGGGAUGGCCGCACUGAGGCGACCCUGCGCACAGAGUUACAUGAAUGUGUGUCAGGCGUAUGCUCAUGCGCACAUGCUCCGCGCCUCCCCGCGCCGGUUGUGCGCGCCGAAACCGUCUUGGUUAAGGGAGACAUGUUUGUUAACAUCAGCUGGUCACUACCGCCCCCAACCUACCCACAGCGGCUGCCGAAGGGGCUGCAGAAACAAUUCUAUUUUGUCAGUAUCGGUGAGCAGAUGGUCUCCGACGCGCACCCAUCGCCCUGGUUCGCCCACAAAAUCACCAGGCACGUCGCAGCCUCAGGCCCUAUCGCCCCCGGUGACGGCUCCCGCUACUAUCUGCUGCCGACGGCCGAGAGAAGAGAAGAGAAGAGGUUGAAGGACGUGAAGCUGUUAGCCAGAGUCAGCGUGGUGGACGAGAGGAGGUGCAUUGGCCCGGCAGGAAAUGCUACAGCUUAUGAUCCAGCAACAGUUGCUGAAUCUGCAAUUGAUACUUAUCUCGAGAACAUACUGCCAAUUUGUAAGCAAAGUCGGAAAAUAUUACCAGACCAAAUAUCAGAUUUCUCAGCAUUUUCAAAAAUAUUAGAAGACAUUUUCGUGGAUGUUCCUCAAGAAGACAAGAAUUCUUAG